CCCCAGGUGAACGCCACGGCCUGCGCGGUGCCACGCCUCCUCAUCGCUCUCCUGGAGAGCAACCAGCAGAAGGACGGCUCCGUCCUCGUGCCCCCUGCGCUCCAGCCCUACCUCGGCACCGAUCGCAUCACGGCCCCCACCCACGUGCCUCUCCAGUACAUUGGUCCCAACCAACCCCGGAAGCCCAGAGACCCUGGCCAGGCGGCCUCCAGCUGAGAACGUCCCACACCAGCGGUUGUCACUGCUGCCCGGGCUGCAGAGGCCCGGCCCAGGGACCUGUUUUCCUGAACCCUCCUGACGGCUGAGUCACUCACACCCCGGCUCCAGGCUUGACCCUCCCCUGCCCGCCCGCCCGCCCUGAGUCCCUGGGUGGCCUGUUGCUCCUGGGGCCUGAGGAGGAUGACAGACUUCUGUCCUCCAUCUUCCUUUCCUCCCUCGUGCUGGGCAGAAGGUCCUCAAUAAAUGGCCAGAACAGGGACCUCUGUGCGGCUGUGAGCAGGGCCAGAGCCUGGGCCACCCGGGAGGCGCUGGGCAACGGCAGGGGGUCCCAGCCGACAUCAAGGGUCUGUGGCAGCGAGGACUGGGCUGGCAGCACCCAGCAACCCCAGACCGCAGGCAGGUGCCCGGGCCCCCAGGGCAGGCCUCUGCUGGCCGCUGGAACCCACUCGCUUCACCCCUGUCCCCGGUUCCAGCAUCGACCCUGAGGUUUCCUCAGCAGUUUCUCCCACGUCCCUGUCCAGCUCAUCGGUGACCUUGGCAGUCCACCUUCAGAAUCUUGCCACAGCCUGUCGUGCCCUCUCCUCCCUGCCCUCUGCCAGUCCUGCUGCCCAGUGUCUCCUCCUUGGAUCAUCACAGAAGCCGGCUGUCUCCUUGACCCCUGUGAACCCCCAAGUCAGGGCCUGCCCCUCCCUCCCCAGAGCCCCCACCAUUCCAUCAGAGUAAAGGAUGAAGUUGUCAUGGCCCCACGUCUGUGCUCUGUGGAACUCACUGCAGUGUUCUCCUUCCCUGCGUAACCUGUGUGUGUGUCGUCGUCACCCCCUUCUCCAGCGUCAGGACUGGGGUGUUGGCCAGGUUGUUCACUGCUGUGGCCCCAGGGCCCAGGAGGGGAGCUGGCCUGUAGAAGGUGCUCAAUGAAACUGAGUGGACUGCGUGCAGACCCUGCAGUCCCCCGCGCGGGCACUGCCGUACGUGCCGUACACACUAUUUCACCCUCACCAGCAAGCUGUGGAGUGGGUUGUCACCAACCUUGUUUCAUAAACACAGAAAUGCCAGAAGUUAAGCCAUUGUCCCUGGGCUGCAUGUCUGGCAAGUGGCAGGACUGAGACCCAGGCCAGAGCCCAACUGCGGCCUCUUGAGCCAGUGAGGUUCCUUCCUAGGUGAGGAGGACGGUUGCCGAGAUGGGUCUGUGAGUGGCUGUCCCUGGACUCAGCCCAGGGCCUCCUCCCGCUGGGGCCCUUGAGAAGCAGCCCCUGUGUCCGGGAAGAAGACACACAGCGCCCGAGGCCUGGAAGCUGGGGGGCGGUGUGCAGGUCCCGUCCCCAUGAAUAAUUGAGGGUCUGGGGCAGGCGGGCUGCUUCACAGCUGUCCCUGUGCCUGCCGCAGGCUGGGAGGGCGGAGCAGGGUCACUCCCUUCCUUGCGGGGAGCUGCGCUGGUUAUAAGGCUCUGGCACCUGGCCCUACAACCAGGCGCCAGGGACACGCGCCCAGCCCAGCCCGCCUCCGCCAUGCUCCUGCUGAUGCUGCCCCCGCUGCUGGCACUGCUGCUGGGCCCUGCCACAGCUGCUCCCCUGGCACCAAGGCCCUCCAAGGAGGAGCUGACCCGCUGUCUGGCAGAGGUGGUCACAGAGGUGCUGACCCUGGGCCAGGUCCAGAGAGGACCCUGCACAGCUCUUCUCCACAGAGAGAUGUGUGACACAGAGCCCUACAGCUGCCUGUCACCUGAGGAGAAAGCCUUGCUGGAUGGGGACUUCAAGAAGCGGGAGGCUGGAAAGACACGGAGCGGCCAGGAGGUGAGGGAGGAGGAGGAGGAGGAGGAGGCGGAGAGGAUCCACAGGUCCCAGGUCCAGGAGCAGCUGCACAGCCGCCUCCGGCAGGAGGAGAAGGAAGAGAAGGAGGAGAAGGAGGAGGAGGAGGAGAGCGGCCCCGUGGAGACCUUCGAGGACCUGUGGAAGCACCAUCAGGAGGGCGGAGGGGGCCCCCAGAGGCAGGUGACAGAGAAGGCCAGUGACGAGGAGACGGCCCAGUUCGAGGCAGAGGAGAAAGGGCAGAAGAUGCUGGGUGGGCACCGCAGCCUGUGGCAGGGGGCCGAGGCGGGCAGAGGAGAGGGGCACAGGGACCCGCCGCGCCACCAUCACCAGCCGCCGCCAAGCCCUGGGGCCAAGCAGGAAGAGGCUUCAGAGAGGGAGGAACACGACCUGGAGCGGCUGGAGCACGUGCGGGAGGAGCUGCAGAAGGAGCUGCAGAAGGCCGCUGCCAUGCUGGGGGAGGGGGCCAGGAGGGAGGGCUGACCUGGCUCAUGCCCCCCCAGCACACCCAAUGGCUUAGGACUGUUGGCCCCAAGCCCCACCUCACCUGGCACCCCGCCCCAGCCCCCACCAAUCCUGAACCAAUCCUGAGGGACAAGUCCGAGCUGGGCAGGGUCUGGGCCGUCUCACUCAGGAACCCCCCAGCCAGCUGGCCCACUGCCACCUCCGAGUGAAUAAAGCACAGAGAAAACCA